UCGGUCAGUGUAAUGCAGAAGCUACCCCCUUUUCUUAGAGUUGCCAGAAAAAAAAAUGGCCAAUUAUGCUCCUUGUGAAAGAUUUCGAGCCUGCAAUCUUAUACAAGACUCAAUCAACUCUUGCUGAGAAAAAAUGAAAUUUACACCUUCCUUUUCCCUGCCCAGGUCUAGCCGAGGGUAACAAAGGUGCAAAUUUUCAAGCAAAUCCAAGAAGAAGGCCACGUCGAACAUCUGGGACACUAACACCACGUAGAGUCCUCCCUGAUGAGACAGGAAAGGAGGAAGAAGAUUUGCAGCAGCAUUCACAGCAGUUUUCAGGUGCAGAACAGAGCACUGCGGAGUUAAACAGCAACGACCAAGUGCCUGAGGCAAUUCCAGCCUCACGAAAUCAAACACCUAUUCAAGGUAUGCAACCCGUAGGGGCCGUACCUGCACAUUCGCCUGUGCAAAGUGGCGAUGACCAAGGUGGAAUGGCACUGCAAAAUGAAACGGAUCCUUUCGUUCCCUACGGAAGUCCUGGAAAAGGUAAUAUUCGUACAAAGUGGUUUCUAGAAGGAAACAAUUGUACUAAACCAAAGCAAAGUAACCCAGGAGGAGGAGGAAGUGGAGGAGUUAUGGUGAAUGGGGCUGUUAACUCAACAUACUUCAAGAGACCUUCCUUGGACUCUAGUAGUAAAUCGUCUGCGGAGUUAGAUACCAGUCAGUUAUCUCCCUUGGAAUAUCCUCUUAAAAAACGAAAAUCUCUUUCUGACUCACUGCUAUGCACGGUUCCUCAAGGUGGUGAAAAACUGCCAAGCAGCUGCCUUCCAAACGGACCUUCAACCGAAAACGGGAAUGUAAAUAACGGGCAGUACAUUGACGCUCCGAAGGAUAAACUUUCUCCCAGAACAGACAGGAAACCAAACUAUUCCAAGCAAAAUGGAUCUCCUUUCUCUCAUAAAAAGCCAGCUUCUGGCAAUGGACCGUGUUGUAAGCAUUCAGAUGAAGACAUUAAUAACCAACGAAACAGGACCACGACACAUCCGUGCUAUGAUCCCGUGGAACUGCCGAAGCGAAGACGAAACGCAGCUUGCACGGUUGCUAUCUUAUCGCCUGGUGACAGAAGUGGGAGUGACGAUUUCUUGGAAACAAAGAUUUAACGACGAAAUGGAAAAGGAAUAAUAACCAAGUUAAUUCUGCGUCGUUCUUGCCUCCAGAGAAAGACGAAGUUACUAGCUAGAGUAGCUAGCUAGCUGCCAGUUUGCUUGCAAGCACAGCAAUAUUACAGAGAAUGUAAAGCCUCUAAAUUAAGUGCAACGUUUUUGAGACUUUCUAGCUAUGUCGAAGAACACGUACUUAAAACACAUGUACUUUUUAACAUAAGAUUAGGUUACUGGUGAUGUUCAUGUUGGUGGGUAUGCGGACCUUUACGAAAAAGUAAGAGUGAGAAUUUUUCUACUUUAAUAACUACCACUGCUGAAAAAUGGCCGGGAUUAAAUCAUCCUCGCGUUGAAUAUGACAACCAUGGUUAUAGAAGUGGGAAGUAUGUUGAGAGACCUCUAUAAAUAAACUCGGUUAAUCAACCCGA